AUGGAGCAGGACGCUGCGUUGGUUAGCCGCGAUUUUGUUGGAGGCAAGAUCAUGUGGUUGCCAACAAAGGCGAUAAUAAACCCUAGUGAUAUGCCAGACCUAGAUGACGAGUUAUUCGAUCAUCCGGUUUUAAUCAUAUCCGAGGAGGGGUCAGAAAUUGUUCGCGUCCUGAUCAUAACCACUUUCGGGAAAAUGGGUCUUGAUAAAAAAUUUCGCCAGUCCCUCCAAUCCCAUUUUUUCCUGGCGCUCCCUCCCGCGCCUGACCAUCCUUGUCUGACAUGUAGGAGAUCCUUGACGUUCGUCGAGGAGGACGGGCAUGGGAAUGCUCUCGAUAAAUCCUGGAUAAAUACCAGAAAGUCCCAUUCGGUGUCAUACCGGUGCCUCAAGAACUGGAAGAACUGGUACAGGACCCCGACGCUUACGAAGGAGUCUCUUGAGACUGUGAUCGACUAUCACACGAAGAAGGUACCUGAAUUGGAGAGGCUGGAGGAGCUGGAGAGAAGGCUGGAGGAGGAGAUGGAGAACGAGAAGAAGAAGAAAUUGUCGCAACCAUUAUGGCCACGUUUGCAGCACCCUGGGACCGAAACUCAAGGGGGUAUCGUCAAAAGCGACUCAAGAGCUGUCAUUGCCACUUCCAACGUUCCUCGGAUGUCGGUCUCUAUGAGUGCGGUAAUGUUUCACGGGAAUCGGUCUCGUACGCGAAAGAUGGAGAAAGACAGGAAGAAGGAGAAAAGCAGGUGCCCUUUGGGGUGUUGUUGCUAUUGGUGCUGCGAAGACUGGAGACGUGGGAGGAGCACUUCCGACGAUCCCCCGAAGUCAAAAUCUAUUUCGGCCAUGAUUCCUGGUCCUAGGUCUCAUACACAUAAGGUGGAGGAAGAGGGAAAGAAGGAGAAGGAGAACGAAAGGUCAAAACCAUCGCGGGCAUCGGAAGCGCAACCUCUCCAGCAGCCUGGGACCGAAACUACGGGGAAUAUUGUCCGAAGUUACGUAAGCGCCCUCACUACCUCUACCUUUGCCGACGCUCAUGGGUUACCGACAUCCACAUUUCCAGCAACGACCUCUGAUACUUGGUCUUCUAAACACCUCUCUACGACCCCUCCCCGAAAGUGGCUUGUUCUGCGCGGACAUCUAGAGGUACCCGCCAUGGCGAGAUUCGGCGUUUUGUCCCGGAACAUUGGGAUGUGUGAUGCCCACGCGUGUAAGUGCUUUUGA